UGGUAAUUGUUUCACGGUUUUGUUCAAAAUGCUAUCAUUAGCGCCGGAUAAGUAAGUAACUCAAUCGUCUCGAUUUUUAAAUGAGAUUAUCUGGAGGAACCUUCAUCUACUUCUGCACUCUGACUGUGGCCAAUACGUGAGUUUUCGCGGUUGUAAGGAGAUCGCUUCUGAUCGCAAGAGAGUAGCUAAAUAGUGAAAAACAUCAUAUAAAAUCCAUGCUAUUACCAUGGCAACGAAAUGCGAAGUUUGUUUCUCAACGGCAGGAUGCAAAUAUAAGGACGUAUUCACCGAUGCAAAUAAACAUAUUGUAGAAAUUAUAGCGAAACAUCUGUCGCUUGAGGUAGAACAAUCAGCGAACAAUAGCUGGGUGUGUAUUAAAUGCUGGGAUGCUUUGCAAGAAUUUCACAAAUAUUACUGUGACGUUGAAAUCGCCCGACAACAAUACUCCCGGGCACUGAAAGAUAAGGAUGACGAUGAUGUAGCCUCCGGAAGCUUGGAACCGAAGUACAACACCGAAUUCUUCGAAGUGAAGGUAGAACCACUGGAACUGUGCGAUACCAAUGACCAGGAUGAUGAAAAACCAUUGCAAUGUGCUUUUGUAAAAUGUGAAGAAUUGAUUGAAAUCGAUCCUACUGCUCCGACAUCGGACGAGGAGGCUCUCCAGGGCAAUCAGUCAGACUCUUCAUCUGCUGAUGAUAUUAAACUGAGAAAGAAAUCGAAAAAACUCCCUAUCGAUGAAGAGGCAAAGCAAAACAAAUCAAUCGCCCAGAAGGAGGAGGAUGAAAGUUUGAUAAGCUUCUAUAAACGGAUAGUCUGUGAAGAGUGUGAUAUUAAGCGAAUGAUCGUUGGCGAGCCACAAAUCGAUUUCGGUACAUGGCGCGCUCUACUGCGACACACCAAGGAGGUCCAUAGGCACGACAAAGUGUACGUGAAAUGUCCGUUGUGUGAUUUGAAGUUGCGAACGAAGCAAACCCUCAUACAGCACAAGGAUUGUCACGAAAAUCCGGAAAAGUAUCGUUGUGUGCUGUGUAAUGAGAUACACCAAAACAUGAAGGAACAUUUACAGAAUAAACACCAGGAAAGGCAGUUCUGUUGCGAUAUGUGUGGGAAAAAAUUUCCGUUCAAGAAACGGUUAACAGUGCACAUGAAGAAGAUGCACGUCGAGAAGGAUAUCAUUUGCGACCAGUGUCAAAAACCUUUCACCAAAUACACGAUCGAAGAUCACAAACGAUCUGUUCAUUCGGCGCGAUUUGUGUGCGAACACUGUCCGAAGACGUUCAACAGUCGUUUCCGUUUACUACAGCACAUGGAGGAGCACGAUGAAAGCCUUCGGAAUUCUACCUCCGUGCCGUGCACAAUAUGUGGGCAGGUGAUGAGGGACAAGUACAUUCUAACCAGGCACAUCAAGCUAAUGCACACCGUACAACCGUCGGUGAGCUGUACUACCUGCGGGAAAACGUUCAAGUGCAAACGCAAUCUUUCGGUGCACAUGACAAAUGUGUGCAUGGAACCGACCCGAUUGUUUCCCUGCACCAUCUGCGGUAAGGAGUUCCGGCGGAAGAAUAAACUAAAAGAACACAUGUCCACGCACACUGGCAAACCGGUGUACAAGUGUUCGUUUUGUCCAGAGACUUUUCGCCAGGAUACGCACUUGUACUAUCAUCGGAAGAAUGUACACUAUGAGCAGUGGCUGGAAAUGCAGCAGCAGCGCAAAGAAGGUGUACGGUUUAAAUUGACUGAACUAACAUAAAUUUUAAGUUCAAGGUAAUGUAAAACAUUAUUCGAAGUGCAUUUUGGGAGCUUUUUCCUUCAAAUGACCACCAAAAGCGAUGUUUAGAGUUUACAUUUAUGUUAGAGUUUCCAAUUUCUACAAUAUUUAGCAUAGGACAAUAGUAAUUGUAUACCCUUUUAUUGUAGAACGGCCGGGCUGUAUUGCAUAUUGAUAAUGAUAACUUACGCUAGUAUACAGCUCAGAUUAUAAUUUAGUGACAUUUAUUUCUCCAAACCGUGAAAGAGCGUGAGUUUAUUCAGUCGUAA